UCUAACCAGUAUAAAUAGAAUGCACUCAGAGAAGGGAUAGAAUGACAAACCCAUGAUGAAUUGUUAGGGCAUGUUGAGUUGGUUCUGUCAAAGCCUGCAGUCAGAUGAUUUCACUGGCUGUGCAAGAUGAAAUCUCAUAUUUCAAUGUUUAAGUAAAAGUGUCAAAGUUCAGCUGAAGCAGGGACAAAUACAGAACAAAUUUUGUGUGUAUUUGUAACUAGGGCACCAGAGCAAUAGAGGAAGCCAAAAUGAGCCAGAAAAGCAAAAGAAGUUUAAAGGAGAAAUUUUCCUUGAAGAACAGCCUGGUUAAAGAAGCCCUCUCAGAGUUCCUGGGAACUUUUAUACUGAUAGCCCUUGGCUGUGGGUGUGUGGGGCAGACUGUGCUCAGCCGGGGACAGCAUGGAGGGCCCAUGACGGUGUCGGUGGGAUUUGCCAUGGCAGUCACCAUAGCAGUCUACGUGUCCGGGGGCGUUUCUGGUGGUCACAUAAACCCAGCUGUUUCAUUAGCCAUGUGCGUGACUGGAAGAUUAAAAUGGACCAAAUUACCAAUUUACAUAUUAGCACAACUCCUGGGAGCAUUUGUUGGAGCAGCGGCUGUCUUUGGGAUUUAUUACAAUGCCUUUAUGGAGUAUAGUGAUGGAAAACUUGAAGUCACAGGACCUAAUGCAACAGCACAAAUCUUUGCAACAUAUCCAGCUCCCUAUCUGACCCUCGUAAAUGGAUUUGCAGAUCAGGUGAUGUCAACAGCUGUUCUUCUUCUGGCUAUAUUUGCUAUUUUUGACACCAAAAAUAACAGCGUACCCAAGGGCCUGGAGCCAAUUGCAGUAGGACUUCUUAUAAUUGUUCUUACUUGCUCCUUGGGAAUGAACAGUGGCUGUGCCAUGAACCCAGCCAGGGAUCUUGGCCCAAGGCUCUUCACAGCUGUUGCAGGAUGGGGGAUGGAAGUAUUCACUGAGUGCUGUCUCUCUUCUCUUGGUGAUCCCUGGGGCAGGAGUACUCCCAAGUGGCUGCCAACCUUCUGUAUCUGGAGAGGGAUUACAGAGGCAGAAACAGCCUGAGAGCUGCCCUCAGCUCUGAAAAGCACUUACUCUUCCACUGACACCAACAUCUAAUACGAAAUAUCUGUGCAUAAAAUAAAAAUAAACAGCUAAUUAACCAGAAAUAACCAAUUUUAUUCAAAAUGGUAGAGGCAGGUUUUCACUUGUGUUAGAAUUUUGCAUAGUCAGUAGGCUCCAUAUGCAUUAUUAUAUUGUUUCCUUAAUCCACCAUGGAAAACAUGGGAAGAAGGAGAACACAGGUCAGGAAUGAGAAAGGGACAGUUUAUUUAUACGCCUACUCACGGACUAGCCCACACUCGCUGUAUGCCUGUGCAUUGGCCAAGGUACAUAAAGUUGUUCAUUUUCUCAGAAUCCUUCUGAUCACAACAUGUUCUGUCUAUAAAACAUAAAACCUUGUUUCUCCUACUCAUGCCAUUCCUAUGCACAUAAUUUCUGUAUGAGUGACAUUUACUUGUCUGAAGUUAUUAACAUGCAAAUCUUAAGCAGUGACAUACUAGAGUGAUAGCAUAACAAUGUCUUAAAUAUGCUCUCAAAUUGAUGUCAAUUCUGUGUUUUCUUAAAGGAUUUAAAUUUUAAUUAAUCAUUCAAUAUUUUGUAAAUUCUUUGGGGACACAUGGUAUUAACAUCACAAUUCAUCCUGGAUUCACAAAAGCCAGAAUUUCAUUCAGUAACAAGGUGUUAUAGACCUGUCUCUGACUGACAAUUUAAACUUCAAAGAAUGAAUUCCUACUUUUGGGUCAAACCUCAGCUGAAUCUUUACUACAAAACCAUGACCAGUAUCUCAUAAUAUAAUGGGAACAAUAACAAUCACCUCAUUCCAUAAACUUAUACAGACAUUAGCUGUUUUAUAAAAAACAGAAAAGCAUUUUGACUUUGCAUAAACUAUGCAAUUUCCUAAUAUCAACUGAUAUUCAGUGGUCACACUUAUGUUAAACUAAUAAUAAUAACAACAGUUGGCAACAAGUUUUUCUAGCUGAAAGAUGUUUUGAUUAAUGACUUAAUAGUAAUCAGUCUUAAUUUUCAUGUUGAAAUAAAUUAAUUUCAGGGCAUUGCUAAACUUUCAUUUUUGGGUUUGUUCUUUUUGGGAGAAAAGUGCUUGUUCUUUAGAGCUAAACUUAGUACUGGAGUAAUUUAGAAAGCUGCAAAUAGUACUGAGUUAAAAGCUGGCUACUGCAUGUUGUUUUAUUGAAGUCAGUGAAAUUAUUCACAAUGGGUGGCUAUACAGGCAAGAAGUGAUCAGAGAACUGAGAUCAGAGUAUGGCAGACAUUGUACUUUCUUGGAAUUUUGUCUGUGGAUUUGGAUGGUCAAAUACUGUGGUUCAAAAUAAAUAUAGUCAAUUCCUAAUAAAUGCA